AUGACUCAACCAUUGGAGAUCGUGACUCUUCCGAUGGAGGCCAAAGGUCCUCUAGAGAUCCCUACGGAAUCCGACAAAGAGAAAGAUGUGGAGAAGGACCCGGCGAAGGUGAUGGACGCGGAGAUUAGUGAGAAGAGCAGUGUUGCGGCUGGGGAGAUUCAGGAUGAGACAAUUCCGAAUUACAGCGAAGAGGAAUACCACAAGCUAAAAAGGAAAGCUGAUAGGUACCUGCUUCCGCUCAUGUGGCUCUGCUACGGUAUCCAACAGACGGAUAAGACGUCCAUCGGAACACAGGCUACCUUCGGCCUCUCGAAGGACACCGGCUUGCAAGGACAGCAGUACUCGUGGCUCACGACGAUAUUCUACAUCACGUACAUGUGUUUCGAAUUCCCGUCCAACAUUAUUCUGCAGCGGUAUCUGAUGGGACGCACCUUGUCGUGCUACAUGCUCUGCUGGGGCGUCGUCGUACUAUGCGUCGGGUUCGCGCAGAACUUCACGCAGCUCGUCACCCUGCGCGCGUUGCAGGGAUUCUUCGAAUGCUGCAUUUCGCCCGGCUUCAUCCUCGUGGUCGGAAGCUGGUAUACCACGCGUGAGCAUGCGUCGCGAUCGCUAGUCUUCCAGAGUGCCAACGCCGGCUUCGGUGUCAUCGCCAACCUAAUUCUCUACGGGAUCGGCUCGGUCCAGUACAAGCGCGGAUCCGAGUUCCAGGCCUGGAGAUAUAUGUCCUACUUUCUUGGAGGUAUGACGAUUCUCGUCGGCUGCCUAUGUCUUUUCUUGUUAGGGACGCCGUCCGAAGUGCGAUGGUUAUCACCCGAAGAGAAGAAGAUCGCGAACGCGCGCAUAUUAUCGAACAACACGGGCCACGACAAGACUGGCAUCAAGAAAUGGAAGUGGAAGCAAGCGCGAGAGUGCCUGAUCGACCCAUGCUUCUGGUUUGCCGGUAUCAAUGCGUUUUUAAAUUCCGUGCCUAAUGGUGGCAUAACUGCCUUCGGCUCUAUCAUAAAUACCAAUGCAGGAUUCACCAAUUUGCAGGUCAUCCUCCUUGAUAUCCCGAAGAAUAUCACGUCCGUAUUGUGGUUCGUCUGCAUCGGCAUCAUCACGAGCAGGAAGAAGAACCUGCGCCUAUACUUCAUGAUGGUGUCAGUCAUCCCACCAAUAGCUGGCUUCGCUAUAAUGGCUGCGCUGCCGAACCAGCCUCAGUACAAGUGGACUAAGUGGGCAGGCUACUUCAUCACUGUUCCCUGCGUAGUAGCGCUCUUCUUGGCUUGGACAUUGAUUCCCUCGAACGUCGCUGGCCGCACCAAGCGUACGUUAACCUCAUCUUUCACCUUCGUUGGAUACUGCGUGGGCAAUAUGGUCGGGUCCCAGAUCUUCAAAUCGAAGGAUGCGCCGAGGUAUAUUCCCGGAACUGCUGCUUGCUCGGUAUGCUUCGGGUUGGAGUUCUUCUUGCUCGUUGCGUGGCGGGUCAUACUCGUCAUGAGAAACCGACGACGCGAAAAGCAAUUGCUUGAGCAAGGCAUCAGUGAAGAGGAGAGGAUAGCGAGGGGCAAACAACUUGGAGAACAGGACUGCACUGACUUUGAGAAUCCUUAUUUCCGAUAUACGAUGUAG